UCGCUUAUUUUACCAUACUCCAAGCGUAAAAUCUGGUUAUGAAUAACGCUACUGACAGCGCUGGGAGACAGCGAGACAGCUUUGCGCCUGCGGAGGGAUACGGGAUACGUCCAGUGGAUUCGUUACGGAUAGAAAAAAGUAGAGGAAGAAGCAGGCAUGCGCAAAUUAGGACAGCAGUUAGCCGUCUUAGCAAGAUGUUUCUGAUAUAAGCGAUGAGAAGUUGUUGAUUGUCAAACUGUUCAACGCUGAGAACAUUUUUGGUUGGGGUUUAAGGAGCCACCUCCGGACGAGUGCGCGAACGGAACGCUGUUGCGGAUACCGCCGCCGGAUAGGAGGGUAGCGAUGGAGGUGACCAAAAUGGAUCUCAGCGGCACGCUACGUGGCGGAUGCUCGGAGUGCCUGUGCUCCCAGUACCACCGGACCGUGUGCCUGAUUCAGCUCUCUCCCGAGAUCCCGAUCGGUGCCUGCGUGGACUGCUGGCACCGCCCGGCGUCCCACGGGGAGCUGGAGAGGGCUGUGGAAAACUCGGAGUAUCCACCAGCGUGCUCAGAACUGGCCAUCGCUUCUACGGCGUCCUUGGACGUUUUAGGCUCCAGGGAACAAGAAAGCAGCAGUCCUGAAUGCAGUCUUCUGCCCCUGUUGGAGAUAAAAACAGAGUUUGAGGAAUGCCCAAUCUCUCCGCCACCCAGAAGCCUUGCAGUGGCCAGUUCCCAAGAUUUGUCGUCGGCUGUUGUGCCCGCGGUCCCUGCGGCUCCACGGCAGAUCAACCUCCCUGCGCCUCAAGACUGCAGGGGAAGGUGGAAGCAUGGCCUUCCCCCACUGUGUUCCUCGUUAAAUCCGCUCCUGUUUGGAGAGCCAUUGGACGAAGAACGGAGGAAAACACUGGUUUCGAAAUUGAGGGAUGACCUCAUACAUUUCCUCGACACAAAUCACCUGGUCCUGAGCGGCUCGAGCGCAACCAUUAGGUGGAGCUACAACUCCCUGGGAAAGGCGUUGGCAUCUGCCUAUCCGAACAUGGUGCUGGACAAGCCAGGAGCCAAGCCUUUUUCACGUUCUUCCGGCAUUCAUGGUCCCUUCAUCAGAAGGCUGGCGUGCACGAGGAAAAUGAGAAGGCUGAGGGCGUUGAAAGCGAAGAAAGACCCUCAGCAGACUCCGUAACAUCCCAACUCAUGCUGCCAGAAAAGCAAAGAGGAGUUUGUGGCUUUGGACGAAACAAAAAUGGCCGUGGUGUACGCCGUUGGCAGGCUGUCGUCAUACUGGCCGCUGGUGCACGCCGCCGGAAAGCCAAGUAUUCCUACGCUCCGUGCGAUCGAAUG